CGUCUGUAUUCCCGGGAUUCCACACAGGUCAAUAUUAAAGAAGAGAUAAAAGAGGAGGAUGAUGAGGAUGGUGUAAUGGAGGAGACAGAGUUCCGAAAAGGACAGGAGAAGCAGCACCAGGACACCAUGGAGGAGUCAUCCAGCUACAGAAACCUGCCAGAGAGAUGUCCCCGUCCUCUGUAUUCCCGGGAUUCCACACAGGAAGGUCACACUAUCCCCCACCAUCAUCAGAGUGGAGACCUUGGAGACAACACUGAUGUCAAAGAGUAUAAAGAGGAAGACGAAGAGUAUGGAGUGAAGGAAGAGUUUUCAGAAGAACACAAGGAUAAGAUGGAGCCACCUAAUACCAGGAACCCACCAGAGAGAUGUCCUCGUCCUCUGUAUUCCGCACAGGAAGGUCACACCAUCCCCCACCAUCAUCAGGGUGAAGAACCGAUUGAUAUAAAAGUUGAGGUGAAGAAGGAGGAAGAAGAGACGUAUGUGAUGGGUGAUCAGCAAUGUAUGAAGGAGGACGAGGUUAUGGAUCCCAUUAAAGAGGAGGAAUCUUCUCUGUAUAUCAACCCGUAUGGACAUUAUUGUACGGAGAACAAUACAUUGGAGGAAAAUCUUGCUACAUCUCCAGGUUGCACCACAGAAGGUGGUGACGUUGCACAAGCUCCUCCAAAAGUAACACUUUACUGGUAUGUAAAACCAACGGAUCCUUCUAAUCCUGGUUCAUCGGCUGGUAAAUCCCGUACUAAGACUUCCGCUGCCCGUCGACGUUCUCAAAAACCUCCCAGAAAAAUAGCUCCAGCCAAAUCCCUGGAACCCUCUUCGAGCCAGGAGGCGGCUUUUACAGGAAUGGACUCCCUUCCCACGUCACAGGUCACAGAACUGCGCACAUUGUUAUGUUUGGUGUGCGGGAAAACGUUCUCGAAGCAAAACGCACUUAAAGCUCACCAGCUAUCUCACAAGCCUAAGCUUCCUUAUACCUGUUCAGAUUGCGGAAGAUGUUUUCCUAAGAAGCAAAAGCUUCUCGUACACCAGAGAACGCACACGGGGGAACGUCCCUUUUCCUGUUCGGAAUGCGGAAGAAGUUUUUCUGAGAAACAAAACCUUCUUAUACACCAGAGAAUUCACACGGGCGAGCGCCCCUUUUGCUGUUCGGAGUGCGGAAAAACCUUUUCUGAAAAGGGAAGCCUUCACAAACACCAGAGACGUCACACCGGAGAGCGUCCCUACCCGUGUUUGGAUUGCGGGAAAUGUUUUUCGAAGAAAGGAUCCCUUCUUGUGCACCAGAGAAUUCAUACGGGCGAGCGUCCCUUUGCCUGUUUAGAGUGCGGGAAAACGUUUUCUGAUCGGGGAAACCUUUUUAAGCAUCAGAGAAUUCACACGGGCGAGCGACCCUAUACCUGUAUGGAGUGUGGGAAAUGUUUUUCUGAACAAGGAAACCUUCGCAGGCAUGAAAAAAGAUCACACAGAUGACUGUCCAUAUUUAUGGUCGGAGUGUGAAAGAUGUUUUUUUUCCCAGAAAGAAGCCCUUGUUAGACACCGGAGAAUUCACUCAGCUGAGAAUCUUCAUAAUAAAAAGAAACAUCUGAACAAAAUAUACGGACGUGUGUGACUUUUUCCGUCACAAUGACAACGGUAAAUAUAAAGGGCUACAAAGAAAGGAAGAUCAUGAAAGAUUAAUAUGGGUACCACGCAUGCUCGGUAGGCACUGUUAUUCAUCAGCAGUGAGUGUGCUUGUCAGGUAUUUGAUAAUUUGCUAGUAAUUAUGAGAAAAAAAAAUGAAACAGUCUAAAGACAUUUGUUGAUUAUAGUCACAUGGCUAAAAUAACGAUCCUUCUACAUGUAGCUUUAUGAAUGGAGACUAAUAUGUUGUAUUUCAAUGAUCAUUGUUUUUUUCAUGCUUUAGUUUCACAUUUAUAAAAAAUAAAACUCUAUCAAAAUGCU